AUGUUUGACAAGCAAAAGGACAGGGACAUCCAUUCGAAGACUAAUCUUUUGCAUGCUUGUUUACUACUGGCAGUUGCUUCUAUUGAUGCAGAGUUUUCCUUGCAGUCUUCUCUGAAUGGAUCUGCUUCAAAUCUUCCAGAUGGGGCCGGACGAUCUUUUGCUACAUCGUUUUCUGGUCAGUCUGGUGCAGCCUCCCCAAUUUUUCAUCACACUGGAGCUAUUCAAGGAUUGCACAAUAUUCACGGGACCUUUAGUGUUCCCAACAUGCAAGGUUCACUCACAUCGAGAAACUCAAGUAUAAAUAAUGUACCAUCAGGGGGUGUUCAACAACCCACUGGAAGCCUUUCUAGUGGAAGAUUUACAUCCAACAAUCUACCAGUUGCAUUGUCUCAGCUAUCUCAUGGAAGCUCUCAUGGACAUUCAGGAGUCACCAAUAGAGGAGGUAUAAGUGUUGUAGGAAACCCUGGAUUUAGUAGUAGCACAAAUGGAGUUGGUGGGUCUAUUCCUGGCAUUCUUCCAACAUCUGGUGCAAUUGGUAACCGAAAUGCUGUUCCAGGAUUGGGAGUAUCCCCAAUUUUGGGAAAUGCAGGUCCACGAAUUACAAGUUCUGUGGGAAACAUGGUUGGCGGAGGGAAUAUCGGAAGGACUGGUGGAGGAUUGUCCGUGCCUGCCCUUGCGUCCCGUCUAAAUUUGGGUGCAAACAGUGGAUCUGGUGGUUUAGGUAUGCAAGGACAAAAUCGAUUAAUGAGUGGUGUGCUUCCACAAGUGGGUUUCAACAGAAUUGCAAUUGUGAUGGCAUCACCUUUGGAAGCCUCGGCUGGACUGGCUGAUCCAACUGGAACCGAUGAAUUUUCUGAGCAGUUUAUUCAAUUGUUUGUGCAACUGACCUGGCUGAUCUACAUGCGCCCCAAAGCUGCUGCAAUUUUGGUCUUCAGGGGAUUGAAACCAUGUCCCACUUCCACUCCGUGCUGCUGUGGGGGGGUUCCCUCAGGAUGCAAUUUGGGCAUUGCAGCCGUUGCUUUGAACAAGGAAGCCACCAAAAUAGAAACUCCUAAUUUUUCUGAGUAG